AUGCCCUCUUCGUUCUGCGUUGCGCAAAAGAUGUCGUGGGCAGCACGCCGUACCACCACCCGGAAAGAAGACAUAGCGUAUUGCUUACUGGGAAUCUUCGGAAUAAACAUGCCUCUGCUUUAUGGAGAAGAGGAAAUGGCUUUCAUCAGAUUGCAGGAAGAGAUCAUGAAGUCGACACCCGAUCCCAGCAUCCUAGCAUGGAAAUUGUCAUCGGCAAUACAAGACGUGGCCAUCGGCAGCCACAAUAGCAUACGCUUUCCCAAUGCUAGGUCUGGCAAGGAGAUUCAAGGCUCUGCUCUGCUUGGGGUAAUGUCGUAUUCUCCAGCAGAAUUUGCAGAUUGCCGCAAUUACGAGCGCACGAGGUAUGAUGGUCUAGCCGAGUCAACGAUUACCAACAUUGGUGUAAGGACUCGCGCACCAUUAUACUCAAUGUAUGGAAGUGAAGGAAUCGGCUCAGUGUCGAUAUACCCGCUGUAUUGCGCUCUCAACAAGAAGUAUUUGGGACUACAUCUGCGUCACGUCGGUCGGCGCCGUUAUCUCAGGCAAAACCCAUGUACACUUGUGGAAUAUACCCCAAACCAAUUCCUCCACAACCCUCCUGCGGAGAGUUUUCUUCUCACCAAACUCCCCAGAGGUUACCGCUGGUCUGACUUUCGACUCGCACCGACGAACGAGACCAUGCGCGAUCUAAGAGCUCACGUGCUUCAUUUCACUUUGACGGAAAAAAUGACUCUCUAUGACCCCUGGCCAACAGAUCUAUACGACUCCGAGGAUCAGUUGUUCUUUUUCGGGCAUGUUCCAAGGGAAGAUCUUGCCUUGAUUGGCCUCAACUGCAGAUUUACCAUAAGUUCGGGCGGCAUCCCCCACACUGUCGAGAUGCGCUGCAUUUUUGUUGCCUCUGGAUGGUCUAAACCAAGUGCUACGCAGAGUCAAUUCAGCCUGCUUGACGCUGAGACUGAUGGGUCAAAAGUUGACGUACUCAGAGACCGCCUGCGUUUAGGUCAAGACACGAGGCCUUCGUGGGUUGUCUUGAGAGAAGCCGGAUUGCCCACGACACUGACCGUGCGACACUGUGUUCCCGAGACCGAAAUAGUGGCAGUCAUCUCCUGCCAGCUGCAGAGGCGGGUGCCGGACGAGAAGAUAUCGAAUUGUGCAUUUUACGAUGUGAAAUUCAUUCUCAGCUUGUACAGUGCAGACGACUGUUCCAUACCUGCAGGGGCAUAG